AUGGUACUGCUCAGAGAGUCAGCCCGGAGAACAUGCCGUUGGCGCCUCCCAAAUGCCCUCCGCCCCAGGAUAUCAUCCAGGGCCACGUCCCCAUCGCCAUGGUACACACACGCGAGGCUACACCUGAGCUCUACAACCUCGGCAACGCAUGACCUUGGAAGGUUCCUCAAGGUAUCAGAAGAGGUCCGCGAUGCCAUCGCAACAAAACGACCAGUUGUGGCGCUCGAGACGACCAUAUACACCCACGGCGCCCUCGGCAGAGACCUCCCAGAGGUCCUGGAGUCCGUCGUCCGCGAGCAGGGUGCCGUGCCCGCCACCAUAGGCGUGCUUGACGGCGUUGCCAGGGUCGGCAUGACCCCCGCCGAGGUCGACCGCAUGGUCCACGAGGGCGCCACGAAGCUCUCAAGGAGGGAUCUCGCCUAUGUCGUCGGCGCCGCCAUGUCUGGCCGCAGGCUUCACGGGGGAACCACCAUCGCCGGGACCAUGCUGCUCGCCAGGGCCGCUGGGAUCCGGGUCUUUGGCACUGGCGGGCUUGGCGGCGUCCACCGCGGGGCCGAGUCCACGAUGGACAUCUCUGCCGACCUGACCGAGCUUGGUCGCACCAGGGUCGCUGUCAUCAGCAGCGGGCCUAAGGGUUUUCUGGACAUCCCGCGCACGCUCGAGUAUCUCGAGACACAGGGUGUCCUCGUCGCCACCUUUGCUGACGGCCGCAGCGGGGACGUCAAGCUUCCUGCCUUCUGGGCCCGCGAAAGCGGCAUCAGGAGCCCGUUCACGGUCCAGGAUGAGAAGCAGGCGGCCGCCAUAAUACUGGCGCAGGAGCGGCUGGGGGUGGAGAGCGGCAUGCUGCUGGCAAACCCAAUCCCCGCGGAGCACGAGAUACCGAGGGAGGAGCUGGAGAGGAUCAUUGACACGGCGGUGCGGGAGGCAGAGCAGCAGGGCUUCAGCGGGAACGCCAACACCCCCUUCAUCCUCAAGAGGAUCAGGGAGCUGAGCAAUGACCAGAGCGCGCCAGCGAACUUGCAUCUUGUAAAGUCGAACGUGGCCCGGGCGGCAAGAGUUGCUUCCGAGCUCCACAAGCUUGAGACUGAGGGCGGUGCUGUGGGGUCAUCACACCAACCAGCCCCAACAGUGCCACGCGCGCAUACGAAGGAUGGCCAGGGCCUCCCAGAGGCAAAGGGCGCUCCGUCCAGGGCAGACAUCUUGGUCGCCGGGUCGGUUGCGCUCGACCUGAAUUGCAAUUUCCACAAUGACAGAUACCCUGAGCCCAGACCCGCGUCACCCGUGCUCUACACAUCAAACCCUGCGGGCAUCACCCAGUCCAUAGGCGGGGUCGGACACAAUGUUGCACUGGCUGCGCAGAGCGUGCACCGUGGCCUCAAGGUCAAGCUGUGCAGCAUGAUUGGGAGCGACAUCGCCGGCGCCACCAUCCUCACGAGCAUGGAGAAGAACGGGCUUGAUACCAGCUACAUCCGCCAGCUGGGCCCGGAGUACGCAUCCGCACGGACAGCCCAGUACGUCGCAGUCAACGACGCCGACAAGAGCUUGUUCACAGCCUUGGCGGACAUGGCCAUCCUGACGGCGCACUCGUUCCCCACGUACUGGGCUUCCAUCAUAAAGGCAGCCAGGCCCAGGUGGCUGGUGGUGGACGGGAACUGGUCGCCCAGGGACAUUCACAACUGGAUCCAGACCGGGGUUCAGAGUGGUGCCAAGGUGGCGUACGAGCCCGUGUCGAGCGUCAAGGCGGCAGGGCUGUUCCCCAACGGCCGCACGCUGCCUCUCUUCCCGCACGCCGCCCUCAGCAUAGCGACGCCGAACCAGUACGAGCUGGCCGCCAUGUACACGGCUGCCAAGGACCAUGGGUACCUGGACAGCAUGGCGUGGUUCGAGGUCGUCGACGCCUUCGGGAUGCACGGCGGCGCGAGGGACCGGUUCGUGAGGCUCACGUCGGCCGAGAUCACGGACGCGGGGCUGCCGGUGCAAAGCAUCCAGCUGCUGCCGUACAUACCGACCAUCAUCACCAAGAUGGGGGGCAAGGGCGCGCUGCUGACGACGAUCCUGGGGCCCGAGGACCCACGGCUGUCGGACCCGGAGCACGAGCGGUACAUCCUCAGCAGGGCACAGCCGGGCCACCCGGCCGUCGGUGGCGUCUAUAUGAGGCUCUACCCGGCGGUGGAGAGGGUCGGCACGCCCAUCUCGGUCAACGGCAUGGGCGACACUUUCCUCGGCACGCUGGUGGCGGGUCUGGCGCUCGGGGGUAGGGCCGAGGACCUGGUGGAUGUGGCGCAGAACGCGGCCGUCAUGACGCUCAAGAGCCACCUGAGCGUGAGCCCGGACCUGGGAGCACUGUGCCAGAAGCUCCUGGCUGCGUGCGGGCACGACGGGGCUUGA